UGGUGAUAUGAUAUGAUAAAGAUUUUAAAUUGAAAGGGGUUGAAAAGUUGUGUUUUUGUUGCCGCCAUCGCCACCCCCACUUCACAGCUAGAAAAUGGAAGGGGGAUUUUGUAAUUUGCCGGAAAAGAAAUCGUUUCUUUCUUUCGACGGCCGAUGCUCUGUUCGAAACAAUGGCUGUAUUGGUGUCAGUGCUAUAUAUAAAUGCAAAGCGAAUUCAUAAUUUGUUUCCCUCUCUUCUUCCUCCCAGCAGCCCCGCCCUUCCUCUCUCUCUCUCUCUCUCUCCAUCUGAAUACAGACAAUUUCAUCUCUCUGCAUCAGUAGGAUAAAGAAUUUCAAGAUUAUGAUGUCAUGCUGCCGCCGAUUAACCGCCGGAUCGGCGGCGCCGCUGGAUUUCCACCGCGGGCAGAAGGAUUCCGCUUCGACGGUGGCGGAAGUCGUCUCCCUCCCUCUCAGAAGGAUUCGUAACCGUCACCUCCUCCAACCGGCAAUUUCACUGAGAGCGGUCUCGAGGAGGCGUUCGGAAUUGUUCCUCGCCGAGGCGGCGGUUGGCGGACACAGCAGAGGCGUGCGGGAACGUCCGGACGGCGGAAACGAGGCGGCGGCGGAGGAGGAGGAGCUGCCGGCAGAGCCUCUCUCUUAUUCCGCCGUCGGCAAUCCAGCGGUGGAGGAGGAGGAUUACAGAGGAGAUCUGACGACUCCCGAUGUUGCGCCGGCGGAGGCAGGGAUUGCGAGUCGGUUCGGGGAGAAGAAUCGAGCUGUGGAGGUGGCGAUUGCGGCGGCGGCGACGGUGGUGCUAGGGGUGGGGAAUCGGUUGUUGUAUAAGCUGGCCCUCGUUCCUCUCAAGCAUUAUCCCUUCUUUCUCGCGCAGCUCGCCACCGUCGGGUAUGUCCUUGUGUAUUUUACCAUAUUGCAUUUCCGGCACCGUGCUGGCAUUGUGAGCAAUGAGAUGCUUUCGUUGCCUAAAGGUCCAUUCAUUCUUGUUGGAAUCUUGGAGGCUCUUGGAGCUGCUACUGGAAUGGCAGCAGCAGGUCGUUACCAUAGCAAUCUAGAGUGGAAGACAUUAAGGUUGUUAUUUUUUAGUGUUAAUUCGUUGACUUCUUUCUUGAAUCAGCAAACCUUUCUGGAGCAUCGAUUCCAGUUAUAUCUCAGUGAAAGAACAAAGAGUUCUACGGAGAAAACUCCCUUGCUUGUGAAAUUUGUUUUGGUUUCCGGUAACAUUACAGCAUUGGGAGGAUUGGAUACUAAUCUCAAUCUUCUAAGUAGAAGUGUUAUCAAAAGUCUACUGGCGAUUCUGACGAUUACUUGUUCUGCAGACCUUCCUUGUGUGGCAGAUUUUUAUGUCAGCUGUCUUCCUUGGAAAGAGAUACAAAAUCAAUCAAUUACUAGGGUGUUUCCUUGUUGCUAUUGGUGUCAUUAUAACUGUAGCCAGUUUUCUUCAUGUUGCAGUGGAUCUAGUGCUGGCCAUUCGUUGAAAGAAGCCGGUAUUUUUUGGAGUCUUUUAAUGAUACUCUCGUUUCUGUUCCAAGCUGCCGAUACUGUACUCAAGGGAGGAUCAGUAGAUAUUUUCGUGGUCAACUCCUUUGGAUCUGCUUACCAAGCUUUGUUCAUCUGCCUACUUGUGCCUUUCAUGUCCAAGCUAUGGGGAAUACCGUUCAGCCAGCUUCCGAGCUAUCUCAAAGAUGGGGCAGCUUGCUUUCUAAACAUCGGUAGUUUGUCAAGUGGAUGUGAAGGGGCACCAUUGCUACCUCUGCUGUUCAUAAUCGUGAACAUGGGGUUCAACAUAUCGUUGCUCCACCUGCUCAAGAUAUCAUCCGCUGUUGUAUCUUCACUUGCUUCCACAUUUUCUGUGCCGAUAUCGGUGUUCAUGUUCACGCUGCCAUUGCCAUAUAUCGGAGUGGCAUCAACCCUGCCAAAGGGCUUUGUUGGGGGAGCCAUCAUCCUUGUUCUAGGCUUGCUCAUCUAUGCUUGGACGCCAAAGCCUCGUCCAGCCGGUCAUUCUUCCUCGCCAGCAGCAGCUUCCUCUCCUAGCUAAGCUGUAAGAACUGUAUAUCAUUCUUUGUUUCUUUUAUGUUGAUAGCCGUGGCUCUUCCCAAUUUGAUACUUCAACAUCAGAAAUAAAGGGAGGAGGCAAGAGGGCUAGACAUAUACGAGGGGGGGAAAUGGAGAAGCAGAAAGAAAAUGCUGUUAGGAAGGACUAGUUUAGUACUGUAAUUCCAUCUUGUAACAAUGUCGCUGUAACUGUCGUUUCGGUGCUGAUGCAGAGUACAAAAUUCGAUUUCGAAUAUGUCGAUCGGGCUUGAACAUUGUAGAUACAGGGGUUUCGAAAGUUCUGUACCUCUGAGAGCAAACAAGUUCUUGGUCUUUGGUUGAAUGAUCUUGGCUGAAGCCUCUUAGAUCCAUAACAGCUCGCGAGUUGCGAUUGUCAGAACUGGUCGUUGGUUUCAUUAGUCAGCUGAAGUCAACAGUGUGUGCAUGCUUUAGCUGUAAUGGGCUUGCGACGGAUAGAGAGGUCAUGGGCUCUUUGCAUGGGUCGGUGCAUUGGGGUAAUCGGGCUUGGGCUUGGGCUUCCGUCUUUAGCAGGGUGCUGUAUGUUUGAGACUUUCUGCUUUGUGGAGGAACAGAGGUGGAAGUAACAAUGUCUUUUUCUUCAUGUAUCCUUGUGUUGGUCUUUGGAUAGGCAUUUGGAGUUGGCUCGUUUUUAGAGUGAAACAUGAUGAAAGAUGUAUAUGUUGGAUUUUUUGAAAGUUCAUUUGUUUCUUGAAAGUUACUUUGUUUGAGUAAAUUAGAAGGGGCAUUGGACUUUACACUGUUUGAGGAUUUUAAU